CAUUCAUUGGUGAUAGUUUAUAGAUAAUGAUGUUACUAAUACAUAUGCUGCAAUGCAUUUAAUGUACAAAACAAACUAAAAUUGAAUCUCUCACAUGACAUCUUCACGUGAGAGUAAAAUCCUCGGCUGUGUCACGUUGUGUGUGUUGCAGGCUUCAAAGGAGACCAUGUCAGAGCUGGAGAGCAGCAUGGCCAGCAUCAUCCGAGUUUUCCACAAAUACUCGGGUCACAAGUGCAACCUGAGAAAAGCUGAGCUUAAAUCACUCAUCAAUAAUGAGAUGAGUCAUUUCAUAAUGAAAAUCCAUGAGAAUGAGACCCUGGACGAGCUCUUCGCGGACCUCGACCAAAACGGAGACCUGGAGAUCGACUUCAAAGAGUUCAUCACCCUCAUCUCCAUGGUGACCUCAGCAUGCCAUGAGCUCUUCAUCCCAAGUCAUCAUGACUGAUUAGCAUGUACACUAAUAACUCAUUAAACACGAUGAGGUAGAUAGGAACAGUGUCUGUAUUCUUUAAGUGGGAUUGAAUGAUUAAUGCCCAUUAAGAUGUCGUCUGAGUAGAUUUUGACUUGGUGGCAGGUUGUUGCUACGUUUGUUUUUUCUGUAUAAACGACUUAUGCAUGGUAAA